UGAAAUUAUAACAAAACAUCUGAUAGAAUCUAAGGUCGUGGUGUUUAAACAGCUGAAAGAGUUGUAAUGCGCUGAUUACUGUGCGAAGCAAUAGUUGUUUUUUUUUGUUGGCAGGCUUCCAGUAAACCCUGCAUAUUUUGUACUUGACGGGACCCACCUGAUCAGGCUGAUCAUUCCCACGGUCAAUUUAUAUCCUGAAGGAUGACAUCCACCAACACAUCAGCUUGGAAGUGGUCUGUCUACUGCUCAGUAGUCUGCCCAGGGAGGGAAAUGCUGCCGAAGGGCCAAAUCUCCGUAGGCUUUGCUUCCGCGCCGGAGUCACCCAGCUGUUUUCAAUUACGAGAAGGAGCAAGUCUUCCGUGGAUGUGACAGUCUCGCGCAUGUACAAGUAUCUGUUCUGUCCGAGGUGGAAGGUCGCUUGUACAGAGAUCUUGCAGGAACACCGCCAACUUGAACCGACAGCUUCUUCCUCAGACUUGACCUCAGGAAAUAUCACGUCCCACCAUGGCCCCCACGGCCACUCGCUUAUUUUUCCUUUUGGGACUUCUAGGCCUCGGCCAGGCCUUCCCACGCCCCGCCUCUUUGUGUGAUAGGAUUCGCACAGAAGCCGUUCCACGCCUCUCUCCGAAAUCCACCGUCCAGUGCAACGUAGAGAACGAGCGUUGGAGCGAGUACGCAAUCCCCAAACCCGGGGCAAUCAUUACCGCUGGAACAGAAGACGACGUCGCCGUGACGGUAGCUUUUUCAAAGCGCAAUAACAUUAAGUUUCUUGUCCAGAGCGGGGCCAACGGGUGGGCAAAUACCUUUAACAUCGGCCCCGAGGAUGUUGUCAUCGACACAUCGGGACUGAAAGCAAUCAGCUUCAACGCCGAAAGAACUCAGGUUACUUUCCAAGCCGGCGUCCUGAUCCAGGACCUUGUCAAUGCUGCCUGGGAAAACAACGCACGCGUUUCGACAGGUACCUGUAACUGCGUUAGCGUGCUGGGAGCGGGCCUGGGCGGCGGUAUUGGCAGGACACAGGGACUCUACGGCCACGGUGUCGACCAGCUCCUCUCCAUCACUUAUGUCGACGCAAAUGGUCGUAAAUCUACCGUUACUGCCAAGAGCGACCCGGACCUUUGGUGGGCAUUCGCGGGCGCGGGGCCCAACUUCGGCAUCGUGACGUCCGUCGUGUUCAAGAGCUACCCAGUAGCCCAGGCCGACAACAUCGGGUGGACAGGAAGCCUCGUCUACUCCGACUCCCAGCUCGAGGACCUUAUCGUGGCCAUGGACAACCUGGAGCUCGAGCCGGAGAUGCAGCUCGACUUCACUUUCACCCAGGGGGCUGUCAUCUUGAUUCCGUUCUACAUUGGUGGUGAGGAGGCUGCCAGGGAAAAGUUCGCUCCGCUGCUUGACAUUGGCCCAUUGGUCGAGGACACCACCAUGCUACCGUACAACUCCUGGAGCAGCGGAGCUGACUCCUUCUGUGUCAAGGGGGGCCGGAAGCCGUCCUACGGCGUCAAUGUCCAAGAUCUGAGCCCUACGGCGUGGCGUAACGUAUGGAACGAGUAUGCCUCAUUCACUGCCCAGCACGCGGAGGCGAACCUCACGACAAUCCUAUCCGAGUGCUACUCGACCGAUUAUGCCACCAGCAACCCCAAUACCUCAUACCCGUGGCGUGGUACCAAGUGUUAUGUCACCAUCAUCCCAUGGUACACGAAUCCGGCCCUCGAUGGCGAAGCCAAUCAGUUCGGACAGAAUAUCAGGAGCUACUUGAGCUCGUCCUCUGGGCUUGGUCAACUGAGCUCCUACAUCAACUUUGCUCAUGGGGACGAGCCCUUAAGCAGCAUCUACGGGGAUAGCCUGAGCCGACUGCAGAAGCUCAAGAGGAAAUACGACCCUUCAAAGCGUUUCAACCAGUGGUUCCCUCUCUCCUAGCAUAGAAAAGACGGGCGGACGACUGCAGCUGCGUUUGAUGGCUGUGGGUGGUUGACUACAUCAAAGACAUAAUCUUUUUGGCCAUGCGCCGGUGUAUCUGAGGAUCAAUUUCAGUAUCAGGACAGCAUGAGAGCCGGCAGUAAUAAAUCAUUAGAUUCAGAAUAACUCCUUAGACCCAGAAUAAUUUUCAGACUCGCAAUAUAAAAUGUCCG